GUUCGAAGGGAGUUCCGAGAACUUACUCAGCGACAACGAGACAACUAUGUUAAAGCAGUUCGCUGUCUUCAAACAACACCCUCCAGUAUGAACAAAGAAAUGCAACAUCCUUCACUAUACUACGAUCUUGUCAAUCUACAUCGUACUGCCUCAGCUGUGGCUCAUACGACAGCCAUGUUUCUACCAUGGCAUCGUGUGUUUAUUCAAACUUUUGAGGAUCUCAUGCGUGAUAGAUGCGGUUACGAGGACCCUCUGCCAUACUGGGACUGGUCACUUGAUUCCCAGGCACCUGAACGAUCAGAAGUAUGGAGUCCCAAUUUUAUGGGCGGAAAUGGUAAUGCAGUAACUCAAUGCGUUACUAAUGGUCCGUUUGCUGAUAGCAAUCCUAACACAUGCAUCAAACGGAGAUUUUUAAAACAAAACGAAUUUCCAGCUCUUUGUUCUCCAGCAGCCAUUUUCAAAAUAAUUACUGAAAAAGAAUAUUCAAUCUUCACUUACGAAUUAGAAAAAUCCAUGCAUAAGCACGUUCACUUUAGCGUUGGAGGUCAUAUGGCAAUUAUACCUAGAAGUACAACGGAUCCUGCUUUCUUUUUACAUCACACUAUGAUAGAUAAGGUUUUCUGGCUUUGGCAAAAAAAGCAUUUGCAUACCGGAAGUGGUUAUGAAGGUUAUCGUACAACUUCUAGAUCAGGAUCUAUAUAUGUAACUGCUCGGGAUACGGAUCACGUACCAAUGUGGGGUAUGGGAUACGAUUAUGAGGUGAGAGAAGUACUUGAUGUUACAGCCAACGGAAGAUUCUGUUACACGUAUUCCAAC